UUCAACUUCAACACAAAUCAUGUUGUCUGUAGCUCUGCUGCUGCUGCUGCUGGCAGCUGGAUCCUGUGUGAACAGUCAGCAGUUGAAUCAACCAGCGUCUCUGACUGUCCAGUCAGGACAACCACUGACCAUCACCUGUCAGGUCUCUUAUUCUGUUAGUAGCUAUUACACAGCCUGGAUCAGACAGCCUGCAGGAAAAGGACUGGAGUGGAUUGGAUAUGGAAGAAUCGGUUACAGCACAUACUACAAAGAUUCACUAAAAAACAAGUUCAGUAUCUCUUUAGCAGCUUCCAGUAAGACAGCGACUCUAACAGGACAGAAUAUGCAGCCUGAAGACUCAGCUGUGUAUUAUUGUGCCAGAGACACACAGUACACUUAUUUUGACUACUGGGGAAAAGGCACGGUGGUCACGGUCUCAUCAGCCACACCAAAGGCCCCUACUGUGUUUCCUCUGGAGCAAUGUGGCCCCGAGACCGGAGACACCGUGACUCUCGGCUGCCUCGCCACCGACUUUACACCCGCCUCACUGGGCUUCAGAUGCACCAACGCCGAGGGAGUUGCCCUGACUGAUGUACUUCAGUACCCCGCUGUUGAGAAAAACAGGGCUUACUUUGGAGUCAGUCGGGUCCGCGUGCAGCGAGACUACUGGGACGCCAGGAAAGUUGUCAACUGUGUUGUUGAGCAUUCAGCAGGACAAAAACAAUGCCGCCUUCAGAAGAAAGUCGAGUUUCAUCAGUUGCCAACUCUUAACGUGUUGAUCUCUCCUGAGAUGAAGAAUGAGAGAUCAGCUUCCUUCUCCUGCUUUGCCACUGAUUUUUCACCAAAUGCUCAUGAAAUCAAAUGGCUCAGAGACGAUGAGGAAAUCCGUGACAAAAUCUCUGAGAUCCAGACCUCCUUUGAGCCCAAACGUAAUGAGAAUGGGACUUUGUACAGUGUCGUAAACUAUCUCCAGGUUGAUAAAAGUGCUUGGACGGAAUCGGAAGCCAAGAUUACAUGUGUGUUUAAGCAAAAAGAAGAAAAUGUCAACAAAUCUGUGCCCUAUAAUACCACACCGGGUUCCACCACAUGUACUGACCCAUGUGUAUAUGUUGACAUUGAGAUCUUGCCCCUCAGUUUGGAAGACCUGUUUCUGAACAAAAAAGCAAAACUUGUGUGUGAAGUGCUGGAAAAACAAGGAUCCGUUGAGUCUGUUGAGUGGCAGGACAAAGAUGGGAAACCUUUAAACAAGGACAGUCAUAAGAGCAGCCGAGGACCCCACAACCUCUACAGAAUUGAAGUGGAUGUCCUGUUUGAGGAGUGGAGCGAGGGGAUGGAAUAUUAUUGUGUUGUUGAACACAAAGACUUAUUUAAACCUGUAAUGGAGCGUUUUCAAAGGGACAAAGGAGAAACGAUUAAGCGUCCAUCUGUUUUUCUGCUGAGUCCAGUAGAACAAACUAGUAAUGACGUGGUGAUCCUGACUUGCUAUGUGAAAGAUUUCUACCCCAAGGAGCUUGUAGUGUCUUGGCUUGUUGAUGAUGUGGCAGCAGAUCCAGCUACCUAUACAUUCAAUACCACAAAUCUUUUAGAAAACAGCGGAUUCUACUCUGUAUAUAGUGAGCUUACGUUGAGCUUGGACCUUUGGAAGAAAAAUGACAAGGUGUUCAGCUGCGUUGUCUACCACGAGUCUAUGAUGAAAACAACAGGAGUCAUUAUUAGGUCCUUUGUACAAAACACCAAUGAAAAACCCAACCUGGUUAACGUCAGCCUUAACAUCCCUCAAAUUUCCAUCCAGCUCCACCCGAAACUAAGCUCCUGCCACUGUGACAGUACAUCUGCGCCCUCUAGCCUGGGUAACAAGACAACAGACUUAGUACUGACGGUAGAGUUGGUGACAUGUACACACGUCACAACAGUGCAGCGGGUUGUCCAUCCGACCGUCACCAUGUCCCCUGACUGGAGGUGGGUCUCUGGGGCCGCAGAAGUGAGCCUUGUGUGCACCUACAGCGGUUACUACCCAGACGACCUAGAGGUGCAGUGGCAAAUAGACAGCCGUGCUGUCGACAUCGUUCCGGUCCAAAAGAAGUUUCAAGCUGGGAAAAAGGAGGAAAAAACGUUCAGCCUAAGCAGCCAGAUUGAGUUGGACCGGAAAAACUGGACAAAUGGCUCAAAUGUCACGUGCAAGUCCAAACACCACGACGCCGAGUUGAGCAAAUCAAUCAGUAUUUGUGCAAUUUACCCUUCCUCCCCUCCUUGCAUUCACCUGGAGACCCCCAGCUUCAAAACAGUGAUGAUGGCAAAGCCUGAGGUGACGGCUACGUGUGUGGUUGAGACUGUCUAUGAUGCCAAGGUGACCUGGCAUGUCGAUGGGGAAGAAAUCUCAGCCACAAGAACCGUGCCGAACCGGACCGGCAGCAAGACCUAUUUCAGCAGCAACCUGACUGUUUCCACAGACAAGUGGAUGACGUACAGUCGCGUGACAUGUAGGGCUGAACACCCCUGCUCCCCUCCAGCUGAAAAGACGGUGGAUAUAAGGCUUACAGCGGACAGGGCCCCGUCGGUGCUGAUCAGAAGAUCUCUGCCACACUUGCUUCAUGGAGACGAUGCCGUGCUGGAGUGUGAUGUCAGACAACUCUCCUCUAGCGACCUCUACGUCACCUUUCAGGCCAACGGAAGUGACAUAUCUGAAAAACAAUUUGUUGAUCUUUCCAAAGCCACAGGCCUCACUUCAACCACUCUCCAGUUCUCAGUUCCAAAAACCCACCAGGGAAAAGACAACACGUUCACCUGCAAAGUGAACCAAGGCUUCGUCAACAGCUCGGUAUCAGACUCAACCGGACGGAUUUUUGGUGACCUGUCAAUGGAGCUUCUUCUGGUCCCCAGUAAAGACUCAGGACAACAGAAACUCUUGUGCAUUGGCUGGGGUUUCAGUCCCCAAAUCAAAUGGCUUUCUGGGUCUCAGGACAGAUCGGCAUCAACUAAAGACAUCUUAUUAGGUGAAGACGGUCGUGUGGCAGUAAUCAGUCAUCUCAGUGUGCCUCAAAACGAGUGGACAAAAGCAGUGGUCUUUACUUGUGAAGUCUCUGACAAGGUUUUAAAUAAAACUGUCCGCGAUGAAAUGGGCUUCUGUUCAGUAACAGCAGCAUCAUCUCGGAAAGCUGGUGUCUUCAUUCAGGGUCCAGCUCUCCAGGAACUGCAGACAGAUGAACAGUUGGCUUUCACCUGUCUUCUGGUUGGUCAAAAUCUUGAAGAUUUCUCCAUCACUUGGAAAGUUGGUGGAAAUAAGUCUCAGAGGGCAUUGACUGAACCACGGCUGAGUCACGACAAUGGGACGGAGACCAUUCGUAGCUUCCUGAACGUAUCAGCAAAGGCUUGGCUCACAUAUACACAAGUAUCCUGUGAGGGGAAGCACCUAUGCUCCACACAGGGUUACGAGACGCACAUAAGCAGAAGUAGAGAUCCUAAGCCACCAUUUGUGAAGAUAACAAGGCUGAAUGACACGGACCUGCCGGGCUCAAACAUGGAAACGCUCAUUUGCCUUGUGACUGGAUUUUCCCCCUCUGGCAUCUUAGUGUUUUGGGAGAAGGACGCCUUGAGGCUGCCAGUAUUACAAUAUACUAUCAGCCCUGUCUGGAAAUACACAGACAGCAACACCUUCUCACUGAACAGCAGACUGAACAUAUCCCGGCGGUCCGAGAGGGACCAGGAAGCUGCAUAUUCCUGUGUAGUAAAACACGAGUCAUAUGAGGAACUAUUCAAAAGCACAGUACAACCUGUGUUUGCUCCAGUGACACCGAGUCCACCUUCAGUCACCCUCCUCCAUGGCCCUGGCGAGCUUGUGUGUCUGGCAAAUGGUUUCAGGCCUGCACCGGUGAACAUCAGCUGGUUCCUUGAUGAGACUACAGAGUUGUGGAGCUACAACACCAGUGAGCCACACAGAGGACCACAGGGGGACUUCAGCGUCCAGAGCCGACUCCGCCUGCCCCCUGUUGACUGGCCACUCGGGGCAGUCUACACUUGCAGGGUGACACAUGUUACCCUGACACUGGCCUUAAAUUUCACCAAACCAAAACUUCUAGACCAUGUGUACGUUGACCAGAACCAGCAUGAUGUUGUUAUUCAAGAUGUGGAGGAAGAAGACUGGUACAUGGCCUUCACUUUCCUCCUGCUCUUCUUCAUUUCCCUUCUCUAUGGAGUGACAGUCACCCUCAUAAAGUCGAACCCGCUUCAGUGGAGAACAGCCUGACAACUCGAGGGUUGUUCACAUCUUUAUGCCAGAACAACAACGGCUCAGUCCAGACCCCUCUUAGACCACUCCGGUCUCUCCGGACCUGUCUUUCAAUACUACUCAGCUUGAUUUAGUGACGUGGACACCAAGUGGUCAGCACCGCUUCCACCCAGCCAGAGGGCCCCUGUGUAUCCCAGCCCAUCUGUGUGGAGAUCCACGUGCUCCCUGUGUGUGCACGGGGUUGGGUUACACAUGCUCUCCUCCCGCUGCACAAAGGUGUGUAUUUUAGAUGAAGUGGAAACUCUUAAUUGUGUGUGGGAUGUGCGUGUGUGACAAUGGACGUGUCCGUUGUUCCUCUCUGACUUCCACCCUCAGCCAGAACCCCGAAUAAGGUCAAGACAGUGACUGGACAGUGGAUGGAUGAAUGGACGCAUGGACGGAGUAUAACAAAUUAUGUCAUCUCAUUAGUUUUUCAGUGUCAUAUCUGGUGUAGUAAUGUGCAUAUUGGCAAUUUGUCAUCGCAGCUUUCGCCGCUUUCUACAUUGCAGAGAGUAACACAAAUACUAAAACAUUACAGUUGUAUUUAACUUGUCAUGGCUGAUGAU